UGUUAUUAAAAUAAUUGAAGAUAAUGUUAUAAUGGAUAUUAGAUACUGGUGUAAUGGACAAUUUUCCAAAUGAUAGUACUGUGACUCAUACAGUAGACUGCCUACAAUGCAACCACAUUCAUUUGUAUUUUUUUUGGGGGGGGGGUUCCUGAAUCUGCACUGUUUGCAAGUCAUAUUUUAAAAUUGCCUACCAAUUUUGAAUGGUGCAUUUUGAAGGAAAGACUCAUGAUUGCGAAGUCCCUUAGUAGGGCAAUGUUAAUAGGGAAUUUCAAUCAAAUGUGUUCAGUAGUUCCCUGGAAUAUCGACAUGUCAUUUUUAGUGGGCUUUCAUCUUAGGAGAUGACAGGUGGACACAUUUGGGAAGAUUGGAGCCUGUGAUCCUGCAGUCUAAAGCCACCAUGGAGCAAGGCUUCAGCUUCAGCACACUGAAGAAGCUGGCGGCCGAGCCGGACCACACCGACGUGAGCUUGACGGCGGCGGAGCGCGUGCUGGCCCUCAGCAAGAUGGGCUGCAGCGUGGAGAUCAACGAGGAGAUCACGCCACGCCGCUACUUCCGCUCCGGCGUGGAGAUGGAGCGCAUGGCCGCCGUGUACCUGGAGGAGGGCAGCUUGGAGAACGCCUACGUCCUCUACAACAAGUUCAUCACUCUGUUUGUAGAGAAACUCCCCAGCCAUCGAGACUACCGGGAGUGCAGCGUGCCAGAGAAGCAGGUGAUAAUGAAGAAAUUGCAAGAUGUCGCAUUUCCACGCAAAGAUCAAUUGAGGAAGCUCCUGCAUGAGAAGUUCAACAAGGAACACGCAGCAUAUCUAAUGAGUCAGAGCCAGGCUGUGGUGGUGGAUGGCUGCGGCCAGCGGCUGCAGAGGACGUCUCUGGUAGAGCAGGAGAGACUGAGGGUGGCUCAGCUGCGCAGGAUGCAGAUGGAGGCGGAGCAGUUCCGCCACUUCGAGGACCAACUGCGCAGGCAGGAGCUGGCCAAUCGCAGAGACGAGGCGGUCGCUAAAGUGCCUGAACAAACGGACGGGUCCUGCCUGUCCCACUCCUCCAAGAACCAUGUUCGUCUCGACCCAAACCGCAAUCAACCUUCUCUCCCCAGCAGCAAGCCAGCAGCUACACUGGCUGGCGUACAUACUCAACUGGUUGAGGGCCUGAGGCGGGUCAUCAUUCCGAGAGACCUGACCUACAAGUUCUUGCUGCUAGCCGACAGCAACACAGCCAGGGGCAUAGAGACAUGUGGGGUCCUCUGUGGAAACCUGACUCGAAAUGAGUUUCUGCUGACCCAUGUGGUGGUUCCCAAGCAGUCAGCUGGCCCAGACUACUGUGAUAUGGAGAAUGUAGAGGAGCUCUUCAGUUUCCAGGACCACCACAGUCUGCUGACUCUGGGCUGGAUCCAUACCCACCCCACCCAGACGGCCUUCCUGUCCAGUGUAGACCUGCACACACACGGCUCCUACCAGCUCAUGCUGCCUGAAGCCAUCGCCAUCGUCUGCUCGCCCAAACACAACGAGUGAGUCUCUGUCCCUGUCCGCUAGAAUGAGUAGGCCUGCUGAUGCUUAACGCUAAAGAAAACCAAUCCACUAAGACAUGCAAUGUGGACGGUAAUUCAAAUAGUUUACUCAGUAACGAGAAAUGUUCCAGGGAGUUAGAAAUGCGUGAUGUAGAACCGACAUGAUGAUUCUCUGUGACGUGGAACAAUGAGUCGUGUCAGUUCUAUACUCAACAUCUCUAUCUGGUUCUCUAAGUCGUGUAGACGAGGACAGUGUCUGUGAUCAAAUCAAAUCAAAUUUAUUUAUAUAGCCCUUCGUACAUCAGCUGAUAUCUCAAAGUGCUGUACAGAAACCCAGCCUAAAACCCCAAACAGCAAACAAUGCAGGUGUAAAAGCACGGUGGCUAGGAAAAACUCCCUAGAAAGGCCAAAACCUAGGAAGAAACCUAGAGAGGAACCAGGCUAUGUGGGGUGGCCAGUUCUCUUCUGGCUGUGCCGGGUAGAGAUUAUAACAGAACAUGACCAAGAUGUUCAAAUGUUCAUAAAUGACCAGCAUGGUCGAAUAAUAAUAAGGCAGAACAGUUGAAACUGGAGCAGCAGCACAGUCAGGUGGACUGGGGACAGCAAGGAGUCAUCAUGUCAGGUAGUCCUGGGGCACGGUCCUAGGCCCCAGGACCUCCGAGAGAGAGAAAGAAAGAGAGAAUUAGAGAGAGCAUAUGUGGGGUGGCCAGUCCUCUUCUGGCUGUGCCGGGUGGAGAUUAUAACAGAACGUGGCCAAGAUGUUCAAAUGUUCAUAAAUGACCAGCAUGGUUGAAUAAUAGCCCUGCGUCUGUGUUUUGCAGUACGGGGUGUUCAGACUCACCAGCUCUGGCAUGGGGGAGGUAGCCCGCUGCAGACUGAAGGGCUUUCACCCACACUCCAAGGACCCGCCUCUCUUCAGCAUCUGUAGGCAUGUUGUUAUAAAGGACUUGAAAACAACCGUGCUGGACCUCAGGUGACAGAGAGGGGAAGGGAAGACACUCACCCCCCUCCUCCUCCUCACCAUCACAAACUGGAUCUCCUAUUUAUAUCUUUGUCUACAAUGAAGGCUUUUGUAUUUUAUUUUUAAAGGACGUACUGUUAAUUGAAACUUCUUUGCAACACAUGGUGAUGAAUUGUUCUAAUGGUGUCGUUUUAUCAACCCUUUAUCCUAAAGUAUGUUUUUUUUUUUUUUUUUUUUGAGAGCUUAACAUGUCAAUUUGGCAGAGUGGAUUUUUUGGGGGGGCUUGUCAGAUUUGAUGUGGAAUUCUCCAGAGAGAACUACUUUAGCAUGCAGGCCUGCUGUAAAUGGCCUGAGGUGUUUUCAGUUUGAGAACUGGCUGAAGUGUGUGCACUUAUGUGUUAUGUGAAUGAUACUCUCCCAUGAAGGUAUCCUUACCAUUUAACUUUCCUGGAACUGGACACUAUGGAAAAGACUUGUAAAACACAAUUAUACAGCAUUUGCACAAUUGAUUACAUGCAGAGAUUUGACGAACAAAUAAAAAUAAAUUGAUUUCUUAAAUAUAAAAUGGACUGGAUUUAAUUGUGAUGGCUCUGUGGCUUAGGGAAGUUGUUUUGUUGUCUUUUUAGUUAGUUAUAAUGAAUGACUUUUGGCCAGUUGGAUGUUAGCCUUGACAUUUUUGCAUUAUUUGUCUUGAGUCUUGAUUUAUUUUGAGGUGUUGACCAGAAAAGAGAACCAUAACUUAAAUAUUCCUAAAAGUAGCCUGUCGAGGUGGCAUGUCUUGUGUGGGGAGGAACAAACCAAAGUGCUCAGAGAAUUUGUAAGCAAAAAAACCUUAGGCGCCUUAAAGUAACAGUAGCUUUUUGCCAUUCAAGGGCCUUGACUACACAGAGCUCAGGUAUCGGCUCACUUUCCACGCCCAUGAAGCAUUUAAGUAGCCUGGUUCCAGACCUAUUUGUGCUCUCAUUGUUUGGCUUGCCAAUGACCAUUUGAAGUUAGCGAAACACCACAGACACAUCUGGGACCAGGCUAGCCUUUAAGCACCCCUCCCUGUAGAAAAUUGAGCUCUCCUUCUUUCACCUUUGGCAGAAGUGGGCGUGAGGGGAAAAUAACUUGUCACACCCCCUCACAGCGGUCCUGAUAAUGGCUUUGUCUUUCAUUUGACUUUAUAUCAGUACUACAGUGUGUUGUUGGACUGUUGCUACAGUGUGAUUAUCUGUCACAGUGGCGCUGUAGGAACAUGCUCUGUUGUAGUGGCUUUGUGCUUAGAAAUGGGAAAGACAACCAGUCAAUGCAGUGACUCUACCACAAUUUUCCACUGUCAUUUUGGUAAUAAAACACAUACUGCUUUA